AACGACAACGCUGCGAAGGAAAAUUGGUUGUAAACACAAAAAUCUGCAGGAACUUCUGUGGCUGCCCCACUCAUCACUGAAGAAAGUUGUUUACGUGAUCAAAUAUAAAUAAAAAUGGAAGAAGCUGAAUAUUUUACUAAAGAUUUGUUCAAGGCUGCAAGAAUAGGGGAUCUUGAGAGAAUUAAGACUUUGGCAGAAGAGAAAGGCGUUGAGCUGAAUAUAAGAGAUGAAUGGGACAGUACACCAUUGUACUAUGCUUGCCUGUGUGGGCAUGAAAGCCUUGUUGAAUUCAUGCUGAGAAAUGGAGCAAGAUGUGAAGCAAACACCUUUGAUGGAGAAAGAUGUCUCUAUGCAGCUUUAACACAGAAAAUAAAAAAGAUGCUCAAAGAAUUCAAAGCUAUAACUAGUGAAUGUAUGAAAAGAGAUCAGUAUCAUGAGUUCCUCAGAGGUUGCACAGAUAGAGCAUCAUUUGAAGAUGUGUGCUUUACCAUUGGGGAGGAGACAAUCAUUGCUCACAAGAUCAUAUUGACUGCAAGAUGUCCAUAUUUUGCCAAUAAAUUUAAAAACAAAUGGAGGGAUCGCUCCCUAAUCACAUUGAAAAAGAGUCUUGUUAGCUCUGCAGCUUUCCGCAACUUCAUUAACUACCUCUACUUGGGCCGGAUAAAUAUGCCGUUGAAUGGUGUAAGUGAUUUCACUGCGAUUUGUAAACAAUGUCAGAUGUUCGAUUUGGUUGAUGAAGUAGAAAAGGCAGUGCAUAAUUUUCAUAUUUAUGUUGAUACAAAACCAGAAUACGUAAGAAACCGCGUGUCUAUGAUAAGCAUUGGCGACGGUAAAGAUAUUGCGGAGCUUCAGGCAUCAUUUGGCAGAAUAGCAGAGCUUUGUAUGCAUAAUUCCCUCAGGUUUAAGCAAUUCUUUGGCGCUGUCCCAGAGAUUUUCAGCAUAUGCUUUGAUGAAGAUUUUUCAGUUGAAGAUUCCUGCUUACUGGACGAGGAAGGUCGACCGCCUUUCACAGAUGUUUGUUUUAAGAUUCGCGGAUAUGAAUUCUUCUGUCACAAGGUAUUUCUGUGCGGAAGGAGCGACUACUUUAAGGCUUUGAAUCAUUUUAAAGAAAUCGAAGGGAAGCAGAGGCAAACACUGCUGGAGAUUUCGUUGAAAGAUAUUUCAGCGGACGCUUUUGCGGCCGUGAUCAACUUCAUAUAUUCGGACAGAUGCAAAAUCUCGAAAGACAUCGUUUAUGAACUUCUGUAUUUUGCUGAUCUGUUCCUUCUCCCUGGGUUGAAACUUCAAUGCGCUGCGUUCCUGGUAAAUGAGUUGAUCCCCGAGAAUGCAAUAUCAGUUUUACGGCUGGCCAGAUUGCAUCAACUAGAUCGUUUAGAAAGCCAGUGCUGUGAAUUCAUCGCCAAUUACUUACCAGAUAUCAUAUGCCGCCCAGAGUUUUCUGAACUUGUCCUUGAAGACGCGUCAACCAUUCAAUCAAGAGAGGAUACCGACACUAUUCAGGUCAUUGACGAUAUUCGUUACCAUUUGGUGAAGUUUGCUUUACCGGGUUUGUGUCCGGAAAGCACUGACAUGGACAUCAACGGUAGGCUUAGCCUGUUAGACUCUGUUCUUCAAGAGCUCAAUUUAGACGCAUAAAUCCAUUUAAUCUCGUUUAUUUGCCACUCCAUUUUUUCAAGGUGAUCAACCUACAAGUCUGCGUGCAUUUUGCAAGCUACAAUACAACGAUUUGUUUCCUAAAAGCGGCGAUUCUUUAUUUAGAUAUUACUUACAAAAUAUUAAUUCUUGUGAGCUUGCUAGCAAAAGGUGCCUUUAUUAUUUUGAUCCUGUACCACUUCACCAUUUCGCAAAAAACGCUAAAAUUUUCUCCUUAAAAAAGCAGCUACCUACGACUGUGCCACGUUUAGACUAAGAAUUUUUAAAUCUCUAUGUUUGCAGACCUAUAGUUCCAAUGAAUUUUGUUUGUUGUCUUGAAAAGAUUGAUCAUCCAUCUUAUGAUUAUCACGUUUUUAAUCAUUAUGAUAUUCUAUAUUUGUAUUUGCUCAGCUGUAUAAUGAUCAGCAUCUAUCUACAAAAUUGUCGCUGAUUUUAUUUUGUGACAGUUGUUGCUGCUGUUGUUGUUGUUGUUGUUUUUGCUUUUGUUGUUGUUGUUUUUGCUUUUGUUGUUGUUGCUGUUUUUGUUGUUGUUGUUGGCAUUAUGGUUGCUAUUUUUGCUUUUUGUUAUUGAAACACAUGCACAUGUUUAUUUACAAUGAAAUGAACAGAAGGUUGUACGUUUGUACUUUUAUUUUAUUCUAAAUUUAUACUUUUUCUGGUAUAAAAAUACUAAUUAUUGUGCAUUUAUACUGUUACAAUAAAAAAGAUAAAGAGAAUUGUCUCCAAACUGCCCUCGACCCUGACGAUUUUGUACAGAUUUGAUAAUUAGACAGCCAAAACAACCCUUUCUCAAGCACACAUUAUAACACUAAUAAAAAAGUUACAAAGUUAGGCCCUUUUGUCUUGAAAUUCUAAAAGCUAUUUUUGUUUUGUUAGUGUAAGUUGUAUCUAUUUCGAUUACAUUAUGAGAGUUUAGUAACCUAAGCAUAGUUAUUUACAAUAGCAAAAUUUCCUAAGAUAGGGGUACUUAUCCUGCACGCAAUGUGGCUGGUUACCAUAAAGAUUUAGUCUACUUAUAUUUUUGUCUACUAUCCAAUCACUACCAUUUCUCGCAACUUUUGCUUCAAAUAAAGCCUUACUUGGUUGUACGCUAAAAACUACCUCAUACUCUGCAGAAUCUAUGUUUGCGUUGGCUUUUCCGCCAGUAACAAUACCACAUUCAUCACAUUUAGAAUUCUUUGAUGUUCUUACAAAUACUUGAACUGCUUCUUGGGGUUGCUUGAGGGCUGCCCGUUUUACUGAAGACAGCUCCAGUGUUUGGCACUUUUCCAUUGCCUCUAAGUGCACUCCGAUGAUUUUGUCAUUUAUGUGUACAACCACAGCUUUUGCAGCUUCGAUAACCUUUGGGUUAGUAAUAUUGACGUCUGAAUAUUGCAAGCAAGGACACCAAUGAUCUUGGAUGCCAGAUGACUUGCAGGUCCUUUUUGAAGCGUCGAUUCUUGUAAACAAACUUUGUCCGCUUUUGCUUUGAAAUUUCUGUGGAUGACUUAAUAUUUGGCAAAGAGUCGCAUGAAUGUCAAAAUGUGUCGUCAGCAGAUUGGAGUUAUGUUUUAACGCAUCCAUGAAUUCUUUGUGUUGCUUUACUAAUUUCGGUGGCAGCAACAAGGCCAUAAAUGGCAGCCUUUCUUCCAGCUUACCCUGGAGAGUUUCCCGGAAGCUACCAACUCUGGGGCCAUGAUCAGCACCAACAAAUAAUAUUGUAUUAUCUAAAUGUCCCCUUUGCUCAAAUCUCUUCAGAAAGUUAAGAAUAUCUUCAUCAGCAUUUUCCACCGCAUUCAUGUCAUUAUGAAAUAAAUUUGAAAAUAUCGUGAGAGAAAAUCUUAGAUUUUCUUUAUAGGCAUCGUGAAAACUCAUCGUAUAGUUCAGGCCAACUUGAAAAGUUGUUUUACCACCAAUGCAAAAGCCACUGUGAAAACUGCGUGCUGCUCGAGACCAGAAUGGUCUUGAAUAGUGGUCAGUUGGCUGCCGCUUGAAACCUUUAAGACGGUAAUUAAAAGUGGCAACAUCUGAAUCGUCUUCAGAAUACAUUGUAACGUAAUUUUGGGCUGAAAAGUUUUUAAACAAGAAAGGCCAACUAUCAACAGUAGAACUUCCUGGCUCUCCUCUUCUGGCUUCUGGUAAAUCUUCCUCCAUUGCGCCUGUGAACAUUGCACAUAACUGGGCUGUUGUUCCAUCGCCAUUUAUUGUAUGUCCUUUAAGUAUCACAGCAUUUUCCUUAUCUCUAAUGAAUGCCAAUGUCUUUUGCAAUUUUCUUGCGACAUUGGCAGCAGACUGUGAAUCAAAGAGUAGGAAUGCAACACUAUAUUUCAGGCCACGCCCAGCAGCGUUAUUGCUCAUCGAUUUCUUUGCUGACAAAGGUUUAAUAUCAGCAUAGUGUUCAAUGAUGACGGCUUUUUCCGUGGCUAUUACCAUUUCUAUAAAUUCUUCCUCAACUUUAAUUUCAGUUUCGAUAUCUGUAGGGAAGGACAGACAUAGUUUCAUUAAACUCGAAGAAAUGUUUAUCCAGCAAGAGUCACAAAAGCAUAACUUUUUGAAUGAUUAACAUGAGGUCGUGAAAAUAUGCCAACAACAAUUCUGCAUGUUUUCAACAUUUACUAGUUAAUUGUAAACUUACAGUAUAACCAGGGCUGUAGAAGAGGGGGGCUCAGCCCCCCCCCUCUACUUUUUCUGGUUAAUUCUAAAAUAUCAUGGCUAAUUUCUGCCAGGAUCAAAUCUUUGAUCGAACAAGCAUCAAUUUUAACAUUGCAUUCGCGUGUGACCUCAAUAGUCCUAUUGACUGCUGGCAAAAUUUUACUACUAUAAAUUCUAUAUUUUUAAGAUAUUCUGCUCGAAUGACAGGUAAACUUUGAAAAAUGAUUUAACUUUAGAAAAAAUGGAAAGGCAGAGAAAUUAAUUUUGAGGAGCUAUGCAAAGGAAAACAACUGAAACGCUCAUUUUGUAUACAACAUAGAGAAAGCUAUAUGACCCCCUCUACAUUUUUUGGCACAACACUGCUGAGUAUAACCAUAUAUUCCUCAAGUUCUAUUUCAUAGAGAUACCUUGCAAACUUACUAUGUACGGGUGGGAAGUCCUGGAACUGUAAAUAUCUGUUUGAGCUGUUGGUACAUUUCUCGGUCAGAAAAAUUCUUUGCUCCAGAUCUUCUGAUGACGUAUUCACCGAUAAACAUUUCUUUGUGUCCACAUGUUGAAAAAUACUACCUUCAAUGACUCUGUGUCUUGCUUUUUCAUCGCCGCAGCCCGUUUGCUUAAUUUGGUCAUCGCGGUUAUCUACAGAGGCGGACAAAUUUUUCAAGUGUCAUAACAUUGAAAUAUCUAUAUCAGAACAAUUGAUCACAAUGACAAAAGUUUUGUUUUUCCCCAUUCUUACAACCUCCCUUGUGCUGAUUCUAAUGACGGAUAAGUCUCAGCACAUAUCUCUAGCCUCAGAAAAUAUCAGAUUGUAUUUGUGCUCAUGCACGCCGGAUCCAGGAGGGGGGGGGGGGCUGGGAAGGCUGUAUCCCCCUCAUUUUUUGCUGAAGUAUGAUAUUAAUGUUGGGGCAUCAAGGAUAAUGGUGAAAAACUAUGAUAAAAGAUUGUUAAUUUGUCCCCUCACCCCAAAUGUGUCCCAGCGUCCCUAGAGCUGGUAUGGCAGUAUACGCUAAGCUUUUGUUAAUUUUUCAUUUUAAUAUAGGGAUGUCAACUUGUUCAUUCACGGUGGAAUUUAUUGCAAAAUGCUCACAAGUUCCACUGAAUGGGACGGUCCUCGAAUAGUUAGAAUAAUAGUUUCCAUUCUGCUUUGAAUUGGUUUCCUGUUGCUUAAUUAGAAUGCCAAUGUAGUCAAUGAAACAUAUGGAUUUUAAUUGACAGUGGAUAAUUCUCUAGCUACUCAUCAUUCACCUUAAAUUGCUAUCAAAAAUACAACUGCUAAACCAGUAGCCUAACAGCAUUUAUGUGCCACAGGCCCCAUAAACGCUUUCUGAUCACUGCUGUUUCUCUUACCCGGCAGCACAAAGCAGGUUUCUCCCUUUGCGAAAUCCUGUAGCUGUCCAUUUGCCAAGAUGCGGACGUAAUUUCGCGGAUAGCAUUCUUCUAGCUCUGAUAGUUUCACCGCAUCCGGCAGACGAUUCGUGCCACUGUCCCGGCCUAUGCCAAAAUAUGUUCCAUUGGCAUUUACAAAACAUCCCACCAUACCUUCAAAAGAAUACAAUAUAUGGUUUGGACAGAAUACAUUAGGAAUUUAUUCCAGAGGUGGCGCCAGAAAUCUUCCGACAGAGGGGUUGGAGCUUCCGACAAGGGGGCUAAAAUGACUAAAAUAAGCAGUUUUCGUACGUUAUUUGUCAAAUUUGCUCCGACAAUAACCUAAAAUUUCCUCCGAUGGGGGGACUAGAUGCUUCCGACGGAGGGGCUGUAGCCCCCCUAGCCCUCCCCUGCCGCCACCACUGAUUUGUUCGUUUAUCCAAUACACAAAGUCAGACGCCCAAAACGAUUUGUUGCAACUGCAAGAGACAACUGUCUGAAGCGUUCAAAUUUGACACAAAAGUCUCUGCGGUAUGUCUUUGUUCCUACUACAGGCAGUUGAAACCUACCCGAACUAUGCUUUACCAUUGAAAAGGCGCAUUUUCACAUUUAUCUGUAAACCAAAGAAUAAGCCUUGAGGGCUGUUACUUAUUUUUUCUGUUCUUACUUUACCGUAGAGCGCAAGGCAAAAAUUUGAUAACACUAUAUCCGUUCUUAUGUUUUGGCUUCAUCAGUGAAAAAAACGAAGCAACUUCUCCUUUUCAAAUAACAUUUCGCUCGCUACGUUUUGUUACAUUUUCAUUCAAUCACUUCGUUUGCAUUUUCCGUUCAUCUUUGGAGUUAUAAUUUCUAUCAUUUAGCCAUUAAAGAUUCCAGUAUGUCAAUCUUUUCUUUCAAUUUUGAUUAAAUCUUCAUUCACAAGCAAAAUGAUUAUGGAUAGGAUAAGUCUUAGUGGUUGGAAAUGAAACUGAAAAUGAAUUGUUGUAAACGGGGGUAAUUUCUAACCAGCUUCAAACAACUGCUGAUAUAACAACCAAAAACUGCUUAUGGAAACUUUAAAUGAAUGGAAUAAACCAAUAUAAAGGCAAAGUGGCCGAUUUUCUAAAUUUUUUAGAAGAGGGGGGGGGAUAAUUUUGUUGAAUUUUCCAUGUAAAGCAGAAACAGUCAUGCAGUUGUUUACUUCGUUGCCGAUCUUGGUGCAACAGGAUUCCCCUUUGCUCAGUGGCGGCGCCAGCUAAUACAGAGUGGGAGGGUAGUGGGCGUGGCAAGUGUGACCACGCCCCUUUUGCCUCAUUCCAGUGAUUCGUCCCUUUCCUUGGGAAAUUUGAUCUACCCCUACCCAGCGCUUUUCAAUCCAUUUUGAGAAGAAGUAUAUAGGCUAUAUUUUCAGAAAAGUGGGGAGGUAAUUACCCCCUCAUACCACCCCUUGGCGCCGCCACUGCCUUUGCUCCCUAAUAAUGCUAGAUUUCCCUUCGCAUGUUCGUAGCCAGAGAGUGGAAAAGUCUAUCAUGACCUUGUGAAGGAAUCUUUUAUAAGAGAAGGGUUGCUGUUUAAUGGGUUUGCAGUAUUCAUAUGUUGUUGUUUGAAAUUUUUCUUAUGCUAAUGGCUCUGAUUCACUGCUAACAACACUCAAGUAGCGAAACAACGAGUAUAGAGUCAGAGUCUAAUGCAGAAGACAGGACACUCUAUAUCAACAUAAUUCAAUGUAAUUCUACCAAUUUUUGUGCUGAAAUGUGGCAAAAUAUGGAGUAAACUUAAGAAUUUACUUUGAAUGGGAACAGGUUCAACUAGGCAGGAAACAUCGAUAAACUGGCCUUUGCUAAUGAAUUCGACUUUAUAAAAAGAUUUUUUCAAAUCAUGAAUGCAUGGUAUUUUGAUAACGUUUAAAACCCUCUUCUUUGCAGUUAACAUGGAACAUGGAACUCAUGAAAUAUAAGUUGACGAAACAUAACGAGCAGUUUCGAAAUAUUCUUAUCAGAUGUGUGAUAUAGGUUUUGGAGAAUAUCCAGCAAAGUAUGAUAUAGGUUUUGGAGAAUAUCCAGCAAAGUAUGAUAAAGGUUUUGGAGAAUAUCUUUGCCUGGCAUAAGUACUUAUUGAAAUGGAUUACCUACCUUUAGCUAUGGGAGCUUGCUUGAUCUUUUGUUUAAGAAGUUUUUCUGGUUUUGAUAGGAAUAUUUUGAAGUCAUCAUCUUCCACCCUUCUUAUGUAACGAAAAAACGCUGCUCUCAAACCAUCAGCUUUGAAUUUGAAGAUGCCCUUUGUUAAAACUCCAUGAUCUUUUUUUCCGCAAUCAUGUGGUGCGCGAUUCUCAAUAUAUUUCAUUGCUACUUUAUCGAAAGGGUUCAAAUUUGGUAUUUCACACAAUAUCUUAUUUUUGCCAGAUUUUCCUAGGUUUUUCAUUGGAUUUUCCAAUGUUUUUGUGUAUAGCAUGGCACUGUCUGUUGAACGAACCGCUUCAAUGGCUUUGCUUGAAUACGAAGAGGCAAAACUAGAUGCCUUUAACACCUUCAUUGUUUUCCUCCACUGCUCCUUUAAUACUGUGCUUGCCAAAAUAAUAUUUUUCUCGAAAUAAUUUCCUUCAGAGAAAGGCCCAUGUCUUGUCGAUUUGAGUUUUUCAUUCGGUAUCAGCUUCUCGUUCGCCAAUACUUCUGAGUUGUCAGUGUUCGCAGUAAUACCUCCUUUUGCUAAUCUCUGAAAACGUUUAUUUUCGUUGUUCUCAGUGAAGUAUUGCUUUGGUUCAUGAUUCAGGAGCCUUGGUUGCUUUAAAAGUAUAAAAAAAGCAAAGAUACAAAGUGCAGCUAACACUACGCGCAUCAGCUUUUGACUUCUCAUGUUCAUGUUGAACCAUUUUUGAUUAGAAACGAACAGAUAUACUUUAAGUACUAUUCUGUGAUAGCAAUCUGCAUUGCUUUCGAAGUUAUUUGAUCACCUUAGCGCCCAACGACCAAGAAGAAGCAAAGUAGACUGCCUAGCAACAACUGGUCAAUCAGAGAAGGGACCUUCAGGCUACGAAAUCACCAGUGGGUUUCUGAAUUUGAUUGAACAGGUUCGUGCAAAUGAUCAAAAGUCGUAAACAAUACGCUUGCUUGUAAGUCAAAAUUUGUAAACAAUACUACUAACAACCAACUUUAAUGCAAACAUAUAACUCACACUGGUUUAAAAUGCUCCCUUAGUUAAUAACUCCGCAAAAAUGUGAAAAAAUCUGCAUCCGAAAGCUAUUUAGAGCACUGCAAAAUUUGGCGCACAUUAAAAAUCUGAACAUUGAAUUUCUAAACAAUCUUUGAAGUGUUCCUGCCCAAAAUUACACGCUAUAUCACCUGAAGCGUGACAGGUUCUGAGACGGGACAAAAUACAAUUUAUUUUGUACAAAAACUGUUGUACAUUUUACAGAAGAUAAUUUUAAUAUGAAGCUGAUCGUUUGUGUGUUUGACCGCAAAUGAAAUUUACAAAAUGUGCUAGAAUGACAUUCGAAGUAUGUAAGAUUGGCAAAUUUAAUGUUUUAUUGCAUCUUGGGGUUUUUCAACCAGAGUUAAGAAACUUAAGAAACAACCAGAGAGUCUUGAAAAUUGUUUUGUUAACUAUCUAGACAAUUACCGAAAGAUACUAGCUCUGUUAGAGUUACAUAAAUGGGGUUAAUACUAUUACUGCUUCUACCUUAUUUUAUUUUAAAUGCUUUUGCGACUAUUGUUUCUAUUAUUGAAAGGUUUUGAUAAUGGAGAAGCUGAAUUGCUACUUAUCAACUUUUGACUAAGUUAUUAUCUGUCGGCCCAUAAAGCCAUGGGCCCCCGGGUCAGUGACCCCCUGACCCCCCUCUCCUCAGCACUGGUCAUGAGUCAUUGUGCUUCGCAUGAAGUUCUUGAUCAGCUUGAGCUUACUGAACGAGCGCUCUGCAGAUGCAACUGUCACAGGCAAGGUGCAAAAUAUUCUGAGGGCAGUGCAAAAAUUAUAAAAGUUUUCUUCAAGGUUGAUCUUUGCUAUCGGAUUAAGCAAAGAAUGUGGAUCAAGUGUUUUCUCCUCAUAAUUAGCGACAUGCACUGUUUUUAUCUGCAAAACUUCCUUUUCAAGUGCCACUGGACUGAUGUCAUUACCGUAGGCUGCUCCGAAUUUUAUGCAUGCAUUGUGAGCCAUCUCAUCAGUACGCUCCAGAUAUUGCCAAAGGAAAGAAAAAAGAUCAUUAAUGCGAUAUGCAGCUUCGUAUCGUUUCAAUAUUCCUGCAACAACAGAAUCUAUAGCAAUGUAAAGACACUUGGCGUUUGAAAGUACUUUCAUCACUGCUUGACAGGCUGCUUUCAGGUUCAUAUAGUAAUUGACGCUUACUUUUUCGCUUCGUUGGGAAUUCAGCUGAAAUAUUCAUUGCAGUGGCAACUAAAAUGCUCUCCUGGACAAUCUGAGACCACUUCUCGCGGAGCCCCUUCAGAUCAGCCACAAGGCUGUGGAAGUUGGCAACUGCGAUAUCGAUUGUAGCUUUUCUUGCCUGAAUAACCUGGUUCCUUUGAUCAAUAGUGACCAGGAUUUUAAGCCAGAUUGCUGACAUCGCAACGCAUACAAAGGAUGAUACAUAUCUGAUGGCACUGUUAACAUCUGUUGUUGUCUUUGGUGUCAGAUUUAAUGCAAGAAGUUGCUGGAGUGCAACUCUGAAACCUGAAAGUUGAGCAGCAAAAAGAUGCACACUUGCAACACGAUCUGUCCACCUUGUUCUAGAUAAACCAUGUAAUGAGGAGCCAAUGUUGCUUUGCAAAAUCUUCCAUCGCUGAGAGCUGCAGGAGUAGAGAUUGUAUACGGUUUGCACCAUUCCGAAAAAGGUUACAGCUUCCGUGCACGACAUUGCAGAGUCUACUCUACAAAGAUUUAGGGAAUGGCAAGCACAAGGAGAGUAAAGGCUCAACGGAUUGACAGACCUGGUGUGAGUUUGAGCACCAUUGUACUUGCUAGACAUAUUGGCUGCAUUAUCAUAACCUCGUCCUUGACAAUCGGCGAUUGGUAUAUCAAACUUCUUGAGUGUCUCCAGAAUCACCGAAGCAAUAUCCACUCCAGUUUUGUUGCAGCAAUCAACAAAUACCAGAAAUCGCUUUUUCACGGAAUAUACGUCGUCUUCUCUGUUCAUAUACCGGAGAAUGAAUGGAGAAUGAAUUGCUCUGUGUGGCUUGAAUCAGGAGUCCCAUCCACCAUGAUCGAAAAAUACUUUGCAUUUUCGCGUUUUUUCAAAAUGCAACCCCUGACUCUUGCAUCGCAAACCUUUAUAAAUUCAUUUUGUGAUUGCAGGGAAAGGUAAUGUGCUUGCAGCUGUUCACCAUUUUGCUGGUAGGUCUUCACUUUUGAAAUAUGUUCUUGAAGAAGUUGAUCAUAAUGUGCCAACAGUUCCAAGAUUCCAAGAAAAUACAAAGCGAUGAACCGCGAAAUGGAAGACCCCUCUCUCCAAAAAAUAUGGUCAAGUCGAUUAUCCUGCUAAGAAGCUUCUUCCAUUGCUCUAUAUCAGACAAGAAAUCAAUGAGAAAACAAUCUGCAUGGAAGGCAUUACAAUGCUUUCUUGGAAGCACUAAACACCAGCCAUUUUCUUUCACUUUUUCCCCUAUUCUCGUGGUUGCAGAGUAGUACAAAAAAGCGGAAAUACCUGGCCAUCAACAUUUCUUGGGAACUGUUUUGGUAAUGGAACUGAGACCCCGUUUACACUGUCCCGGGACAAUUUUGUACCGUUACGGUUCGCAAGUGUUUACACUGUCGCGGUUCCAAAUUGUUCCGUUUAGCCGUCCCGUUUACACUGUACCGGUACGACCUUAAUUGAAUGGUAGAACAAUGUUUAGAAGAAGCUGUAUUUAGUCAACCGAGGCUUUUAUUUUGCCGCCGAAGUCAACAAUCUAAAUUUUAUUGAGAGCUAAAAUGAAGCGGAAGGCCGAUAAAAACUUUACUUGGACGGACGACAAGGUGGCUUUAAUUUUCAGUGUUAUUUUAGACUACAAAACUGCAAAGUCCAAUGAAAGCUUGGACUGGGAAACAAUACAAUUUUGUCACGGUUCCAAACUUGCACGGGACAGUGUAAACUGGGUCUGAGAACCAGCUCGUACAAUAUUCUCAAGCUCAUUUCUUGUUGGAGAGCCAUUCAAAGUUCCAAUUUCCUUCUGUGUCGACUUCUGAGUCUGAAUUUCCCCUAGCGUCAAGUCCUUCCACUUCAGGGUCGCGUUGUUCGUUCUUUUCGGAAUCAUCGAUGUGCUCGUUUUGUCUACCUUAUCCAGUUACUUUUUUAACUCCAACGAGAACCUUUUCCGUUUCUUUGUCUCGUUUUCCUUUUUCGUUCCUUUUCUGCGCGCCGGAUUUGUGUUUGCAUGAGGACACAGUACUGUUCCUAUUUCGCAUAAAUAUCAUUUGGUAAAAUUAUCAAGAUAAUUCUGACAAAAACGAAUGAUUACUAAAAUAUAUUUUUCUAACGAUGAAAUAUACUCAUGCACGAGAUAUGUUGCAAGACUCAUUAAAAUUAAAUCAUCAUUCUUGUCUAAUUUGGAUUCGGACAAUAAAGUGACGUUGGUAAAGGUAACUAAACUUCCAAAGGGGUCACGAUUCUUUAAGGCUUUGAGGUAAAUAUUGGAUAUACAGAGAUUUUAAAGUAAUAAUCAAUUUUUAUGGGUCAAAAUUUUUACGGGCCCCUUCGGGCCCCGGACCUUUUACCCCCUCUACCCCCCCCUUCUCGACGCUCCUGCCUGCCAACAUCACCUCUAUCGUACUUGCACACACAUUAACCAAUCGACCACUAUCAUCAACCAUCAGUGGCGGAAAUUAGGGGGGCUCGGCCCCCCCCCCAAUCAGCGACGUCAUCGGAAAAUUCGGACUUUCCUCGGAUAAUUGACAACCGUUUAACGUGUCGAAAUUACUCCAAGAAAUUGUUCCGAAAAGGAAUUUUAAGCUAAUCUAAGGGCGUAAUUGCCAAUUUUUCUGCUUGAUAUAAAAAAUCAUAAAUGGAUUGUUCUUCUUGCUACUUAAUUAUGGCGGGGUCAGCAAAGAUUUCUAAAGAGUUCCGUCAAAAAAUCAGCUAUUUUUAUCAAAAUGUGCAUUUUCUUUGAAAUUAUACAUGGUCCGUGAUGUUAUCUUGUCGGAAAAUCGUAGGCCUGCCCCCCCUCCCAAAUGAAAGCCUGAAUUUCCGCCACUGUCAACCAUAACCAAUCCUUCCACAUCAGAUUUUACUUUACCUUUUCUUCUUCCUGUGUGAUUUACUGCAUCAUCUGCACCAAAUGCCAAUCUCUUUUACAUCAGCGAAACCUCCCGUCAAAUUAACAGCCGUUUUGGAGAACACUUGAGAGCGAUGCAGAUAGCAACAUAUCUAGAAAUUUUAACUCCCCCAUCAUUCUACUGCCGCCAUGUCCAUCCUUGGCUUAUUGCAUGCACCGCAAGACGCCACCAAACGGAAGACUUCGGAGAAACGUUUAAUUUUUAGCCUAAAAGCUCUUUAUCCUAAUGGUCUUAAUAAACAUUUUAAUUUCCUUAAAUAGUUUCUUUUUAUAUCUAUUUCCUUCUCUUUUCUUACUUUCCUCCCAUUCCGUUAUUCAGUUUUUUUCGGUUGCGUCGCAUCUCGCAUUCUUUUCUAUAUAUCGAAUCUCGCCUUUUCUUUGUUCAGCUCGUUUCUUUUCUAGCCACUCGAUAACGAGUACAUGCUCGAAACGUCGUUUUUUUAACAAUCAAACUAUUAUAUUUUCAUUCUGGUACUAAAUUUAUUUGCUAACUAUAUUAGCGUUAUUACAUUUUUCACUGCAAAACAUCCAAAUAAGAGGACAAUAAUUAAAAUAUGAUAAAAUGAACGUUUUCAUUAAAAGAAUACGCUUAGAUUCGUCCAUAUAUGAAGCAAUCCUGGCUAGAACAUUUACCUUUUUCCCAGAUUCUUUACAAAAAACUUUAAUAUGUUUUUCUAAUCUAAGUUGAUGGUAUUCCCAAAAGUUUAACAUUCUUACUUUCUAUUAUAGUAGAACCAUUUAUUUGAAUUUUAGAUUCCUCUAAAUUGGAUCGAUUGGCUUUAAAUGUUAUAAGCUUGCUUUUAUCGCCAUUGAGCACCAAAAAAUUUCAUAAAACCAUUUAUUAAGGACAGCUGCUUCCGAUUCUAAGUCGUUAGUUAGUUAGUUCGUUCAUAUCAGUAUUCGACAGCCAAAUUGUAUUAUCAUCUGCAUAGUUGCAUAAGUUGCUUUUGUUCAAAUGCAGAAAAAUAUCAUCUAUGUAAAUAUUGAAAAGCAACGGGCCUAAGAUUGAUCCUUGAGGAACUCCUUGCUUUGUUUCCAUCCAAUCACUGAAAUCUGAGUUUAUUUUUACUCGUUGUACCCUUUUAUCUAGAUAACUAUACAUAAAUUCUAUUGCGUUAUCGCUGAAGCCAUAAGAUUUCAAUUUGGCUAGUAGAAGUAUAUUGGGUAAACAAUCAAAUGCUUUCGAUAAGUCCAUCAACACUGCACCAGCCACAUCUUUUUUAUCCAGGCACUUUUUCAAGCCUUCAAUAAGUCGUAAUAAAGCGUGUUGUGUGCUAUAACCUUUUCUGAAUCCACAAAGCAAAGGGAACAGUUUAACACUGUGAUAAUUGUAGAUUUGAUUGAACAUUAUUCUCUCAAACUUAAAACCAUUGGCAACACAUUUAACUUAAAAAUUGAAAAAAAUUACUUUUUUAAAGUAAAAAGAUUUAAUCUUUGUGAGACUUGCUACAACUUUAUCAAAAAAUUUAGUAAAAGGUUCUGUUUAUCACGACAUUGUCAGUUCAGAAAAACAUUUGCAAGCUCACAUUCAGUCAUUGGAGUGUCACGUUGGACAUUAUUGGCCUUGUAUUUGGCGGAAAGUGGCAUAUUUUAACCCAUUUUAUUAUGCCGACUCUUUCCCAGCAAUUGGGGCACUUGAGUGUACCUGUUAUCGCGGGAAUUUUGGUCUUUUCAUUCAACGAGAAGACGAAACAUUGUUUCAAGCAAUUGGGAGCAUUAUUUGGUCCCAUACCAACAUCCAAACUGGUUGGAAAAGAUGGGCUUGACGAUUUGCGACAUUUUAUUGGUUGAAUUUCGAUGCAAUAUAUCACGAAGCGGCCGCCGCCUUUAGGCACAUUGCAGCUCCAAAAAUUUCCGACCACAAAAGUUUGGCAUAUUUUUCAAUUACAGUGAGAAAAAUGAACACUUUUAGACACCGAAGCAUAAUCCCCGACUUAAUUUGUAGAAGAUAUCGCAAAUUGGUGCAAAGAUAAACUUUUUAAUCUCGCGUGUUUCACAGGUGCUUUAAUCACCAUGGCUCAAUUUUCGUGUUUUUGCAAAUGUUGAUAUUGUUCAGAAAUAGACAAAGAUCAAGAAAGUUUCUUGCAUUUGCUAUUUUCAGCAUCAAACCUUGAUACAUUUCCUAAUAUAUUCCAAAUAAAAAGUCAUCUUAUAACUUUUAUAAAACUCCCUGUGGCCAUUUGAAUUUUGGUUCGCUAAAAAAUUUUGCUACAGUGCCGCAAUUUCUGUCUCAGCCUGUGUAAUAAUUUUGCUCACUAAGUGUAUAGGACCAAAAUCAAAGGUGCUUGUGAAUUGUAUAUUCAAUUUCAAUGCCGUAAAGAUUAGCCGAAAUUUCCACCGGAUUUUUCCAAAUAAAUGUUAUUUGCAAACGUAGAUCAAUCUGAUGAGAGCCUACAAGCCUACACCGGAGUUGUUUAUCGAGUAGCUCUUCACCUUGGAUUAAACACUUGGAUUAAACGUUUUAACACUGUACGUAGUUAUAAUGCUUAUUAUACCUCUCCCGCCUUGUGGAGACAAUGAUAUUCGGCAACAUUUCACACGCAAUGUUAAAAAAAUGAUUAAGACAAACCCUACGACACCAUAGAAAACUUCAGAAAAUUUCUUGGGGCCCCUAUUUGGGGCCGGUGAGCGGAUAUUUCAUACCAACCACAUGUCAUCCCCAGGUAGCCCCACGUGCGAGCGGCACCAACCACACCAACCACAUGUCAUCAUAUUGUAGUCAUUGUUUCCCUGUGGACCUCCCGAGUGCUCCCGAUCCCAAGAAAUUUAAAGAUGGACGCCAGAGGAAAGAAACCUAAAGCGCUGAAAGGCACGAGCCAAUCAUCAUUGUCAAAAACUAAAGAUUUUGUAGUAAGCCUGUACAAAGACCCGGCAAAGUGGGAAAUAAUAAAGCACACAGGAAUUUUUCUUUUUGCUGUGUACGCAACAAGAGAAUUAGCAGAUAUUGAUCUUCUUGGUCCGCCCCCUGGCUCCCAGUAAUUUUUUCAAAGGAUCAAAAUGACAUGUUCAAAAAAGGAAGACAAAAAUCUACUCAAGAAGAAGAACCACUAUUUUGCUGAGAUUCUGCAUCCAAUUGAGAACAACUACUUCAAGUGUGAAAAUUCUAUGUCAUCGCAUAAAUUGUUUUGCUCUAUUCAUAUUUGUGUGAAUUGCUGUCAGCAGUAAGUAAGUUGUCAUAUAUUUGCUACUUAUAUGUUUUUUAUGAAAUUAUUUCAGAAAUGCAAAGAAA